AUGGUUGAGCAUUCUGGUCCUUCUGUUAACUGGCUUAUGGAUGUCUUCGGUCUCGAUCUUUCUCUUCUAUCUCGUCUGGGCGGUCACUCUGUAGAGCGUACUCAUCGUGGUAAGGAGCGUUUCCCUGGUAUGACCAUUACGUAUGCUGAGAUGCAGAUGGCUGAGGCUAUUGCCAAGGCACAUCCAGAUAAGUGCCAGAUUAUCAACAAGGCGAGAGCUACUGAGCUCGAAACUGAUAAUGAAGGCAAUGUUAUCGGUGUCAAGUACGAGAAGGAUGGUAAAUCCUAUGUUGUUGAUGGCCCUGUUAUCCUCGCAACUGGUGGAUACGGUGCCGAUUUCACUAAGGAUGGUCUCUUGGCUAAGUACCGUCCUGACUUGCUCAAGUUGUCUACUACUAACGGAGAGCAUUGCACUGGUGAUGGUAUCAAGAUGGGUGUUGCUGCCGAUGCUGAUGUCGUUGAUCUCGAGUGGGUACAGGUUCACCCUACCGGUCUCGUGAACCCCAAGGACCCUGACAGUAAGGUCAAGUUCUUGGCUGCUGAGGCUCUUCGUGGUGUUGGUGGAAUCUUGCUCGAUGCUGAUGGUCAUCGUUUCUCCAAUGAGCUUGGCCGUCGUGAUUAUGUGUCCGAUAGGAUGUUCCACAACAAGGGUCCCUUCCGUUUGGUAUUGAACACUGCUUCGGCCAACGAAAUUCGCUGGCAUGUUGAGCACUAUAAGGGCCGUGGUGUCAUGAAGGACUUCGACAGUGCUUACGAUCUCGCUAAAGAAAUGGGCAUUCCGGCUUCUACCUUGGAGCAGACCUUCAAGGAUUACAAGGAGGUUGCCAGUAAACAGGAGGCCAACCCCGAUGGUGGUGAGUAUGAUGCUUACCCGACCGGCAAGACCUUUGAUAAGUUCGGCAAGAAGUUCUUCACGAACUACGACUUCAAGAUGGACGAUCACUAUAGCGUCGCCAUUGUCACUCCUCUUGUUCACUACUGCAUGGGUGGUCUCAAGAUCGAUACGGCCGGUCGCGUCAUUAGCAAGGAGACGAAGAAGCCAAUUCGCGGUCUCUAUGCUGCUGGUGAAGUUAUGGGAGGUGUCCAUGGCAACAACCGUUUGGGUGGUAACUCCCUCCUCGAUUGUGUUGUCUUCGGUCGCUUGACUGCUGACGAUGCUUGUGAGGGUCUCCUUGGUCUCAAGAAGAGCGUCUCCCUGCCUGCUCUUGCUAAGGCACCUGCUAGCGUACCCAAGAAGGUUGCUCAAGCUAAGGUUGCUGCGGCUCCUGCUGCUCCUGUUGUACACGGUUACACUAAGGAGGAAGUCGCUAAGCACACCACUGAAAGUGAUUGCUGGGUUAUCAUCAAUGGCCAGGUCUUGAAUGUCACGAACUUCCUUCCAGAACAUCCUGGUGGAAAACUUGCCAUCAUGACCUUUGCAGGCAAAGAUGCUAGUAAGGAGUUCAACAUGAUCCAUCCAUCUGAUGUCAUUGAGAAGUAUGCCCCGGAUUGUGUCCUCGGUCCUGUUGUUGACAAGGCUACUGCUGCUGCUGCUCCUGUUGCUCCGGCUGCUCCUGCUGCAGUGACGGUCACUCCGACAAAUUCUGCUGCCGCUGGUAAGUCGUAUACUAUGGAAGAGAUCUCGAAGCACAAUUCCCGUGAAUCUUGCUGGGUUGUGAUCGAUGGUGAGGUCUUGGAUGUUACGGGUUUCUUGCCUGAUCAUCCUGGUGGAGAUAUCUCUAUUCUCAACUAUGGUGGUAAGGAUGCUACUGAGCCCUUCCACGAUAUUCAUCCUGCUGGUAUCAUCCAGAAGUACUGCCCUGACGCUGUCAUCGGUGUCGUUGGAACCGGCUCAGCUGCCCCCUCAACUGUGUCUACGGCUCCUGCUUCUGCUCCAGCUCCCGCUGUCUCGGGGUACACUAAGGAAGAAGUGGCUAAGCAUAUCACCGAGAGUGAUUGCUGGGUCAUCAUUAAUGGCCAGGUCUUGAACGUCACGAACUUCCUCCCUGAACACCCCGGUGGAAAACUCGCUAUUAUGACUUUCGCGGGUAAGGAUGCUACUAAGGAGUUCAACAUGAUCCAUCCGGCUGAUGUUAUUGAGAAGUACGCUUCUGAGUGUGUUCUUGGUCCCGUUGUUGAGGCCAAUUCUGCACCUGCUGUAGCAGCUACGAGUGCUCCGGCUGCUCCUACUGCAGUAACGACCACUCCGACAACAUCUGGUGCCGCUGGCAAGUCUUACACUAUGGACGAGAUCUCGAAGCAUAACUCUCGCGAGUCCUGCUGGGUUGUGAUUGAUGGUGAGGUCUUGGAUGUUACGGAUUUCUUGCCUGAUCAUCCUGGUGGAGAUAUCUCUAUUCUCAAUUUCGGUGGCAGAGAUGCUACUGGGCCUUUCCACGAUAUUCAUCCUGCUGGUAUCAUCCAGAAAUAUUGUCCCGACGCUGUCAUCGGUGUCGUUGGAACCGGCUCGGCCGCCCCCUCGACUGCUUCUACGGCUCCCGCUUCUGCUGCUGCAUCUGCGCCAGCUCCUGCUGUUUCUGGGUAUACUAUGGAUGAGGUCGCUAAGCACACCACUGAGGAUGACUGCUGGGUUGCUAUUAACGGACAGGUCUUGAACGUCACGGACUUCCUCCCUGAGCAUCCUGGUGGAAAGCUUGCCAUCAUGACUUUCGCCGGUAAAGAUGCUACUAAGGAGUUCAACAUGAUCCAUCCGCCUGAUGUUAUUGAGAAGUAUGCUUCUGAAUGUGUUCUCGGUCCAGUUAUUGAGGGCAAGUCUGCUCCUGCUCCUGUUGCAUCGACACCUGCUCCUGUUGCUUCAACCCCCGCCCCUGCUCCCGUUGCAUCGAAGCCUGCCCCUGCUACAAGCACUGCCGCUUCCACACCUGCGCCUACUCCUGUGGCUCCCGUUGUUGCAACUUCUGCUGCUGCGAGCGGUAUCACAAUGGACGAAGUCGCCAAACAUACGACUGAGGAUGAUUGCUGGGUUGUCAUCAAUGGUGAGGUAUUGGAUGUCACAGACUUCCUCCCCAAGCAUCCUGGUGGAAAGAUGGCCAUUCUUACUUUUGCUGGUAAGGAUGCAUCCAAGGAGUUCAACAUGAUCCAUCCGGCUGGUGUGAUUGCGAAGUAUGCUCCCGACGCUACUUUGGGACCACUUGUUGAGAAGACUGCCGGUCCUGCAGCUGCUGGUGGCGACUUGUCCCAGCCUCUUCUUGCUGACCAGUUUGAGUCCAAGGCUCUCACUGAACAGUGGUGGGGUGAGGAUCGUAACAAGUCGGACAUGUUCGGGCCACUCGGACCAUCCAUCAGCUCCUACGCCAUCUCUCUCUGCUACCUGAUUUGGAUGUUCGUCAUUGACACUCUCAAGACUAUCUUCAGUGUCAAGAAUUACAAGGUCCUGUCUGAUAAGUCUGGGUUACAGCGUUCAGCUAUUUUCAUGAUGGUCUUCGUCACUAUUCAUGCUCUCGGUAACAUCAACCUGUUGGUUGGUGAUAGGAAUUUCGAGGGUUAUGCUUAUCUCUUGAACCAUCCUUGUCCUUGGAGUACACUAUUCCUCCCUGUUGAGAUUUAUCUCUUGCUCGCCGGAAUUCUUCAUGUUGUUGUGGCUACUGUCCGUACCUUCAAGUUCAAGUCUAUGAACUCGUCGUUCCGCGACUUGGAGAUGUUCAUCACUGGUUGCAUUCUGCUCAUCUUCCUCAUUGUGCAUCUUAUCCAGUUCCGUUUCGUUUCGGAGGCCUCGGCACCUAAGUACUGGAUGCGUGAUAACUGGUUCCCUUGUGCUGAUGAUGAUACAAGUUGUCCGAUCAUUCACUUCAAGGAUCUCUACAAAAUGGCGUUCCAGAUCUUUGAGAGCUUCGGUUGGGUGUGCUUCUAUAUCGUUGGCGUUAUUGCUUUCUUCAUUCAUAUGAAGAGUGGUCUCAGUCGUGUCAUCAUGACGAACGGCAAUAUCCCGAGGAAGUACAAGAGCACUACCCAGUUCUGGGGAUCAGUUAUGUCCUGGGUGCUUUUCCUUUUAUACCUUACAUAUCCUCUCUUCGCCUACUUCAACCCUGUCAAGGACUGGGCUGCGUAUGAUGCGAAGCAGAUUCGUCCAAAAUUUUGA